CGAAUAGCCUAUGUGCGGUGACCCAUGAUAAAUAGAUCCCUCCCUUCUGGAUAAAAGCAGUGAGUGAAUGACAGAAUCAUAACAGAAACAGUUAGAUUGAAAAGACUACUUUCUUCAAAAGGAACAGAAUCGUCUCGAAUCAGCAAGGGGCAUUCAUCAUGGGGAAACUAUGUGAGCUGGCCCUUGUGUCUCUGGCCCUCCUGGCUCUACUUCAUACUGACUCUACAUGGGCCAAGAGAAGUGGCAGCAGUAGCAGCAGCAAAAAGUCAUCAUCCAACAACAGGGGUUCAGAAAAAAAGCCAUCAAAAACAUCAAACACGCAGACAGGAAGCUACCCCAGACAACCACAGAGCCCCAACAGGAACCCCAACGCAUACCCAGCAGGAGGUAGUUACCCAGGGAGAGGUACCAAUCAGAACCAGAACCCAGCCGGUGGAUACCCUGCUGCAGGUGGCUAUCCUGCUGCAGGUGGCUACCCCAACCAGCAGUAUCCAGGCAGAGCCAAUCCUGGGGGAUAUCCAAACCAGAACCCUGCAGCUGGAGGUUACCCAGCCGCUGGUGGCUAUCCCAACUAGCAGUAUCCAGGCCGGGCAAAUCCUGGGGGAUAUCCAAACCAGAAUCCAGCAGCGGGUGGUUACCCUGCAGCAGGAGGCUACCCCAACCAGAACCCAGGGAGAGGAGGAGUCAAUCCGGGAUACCCAGCCGGAGGUUACCCUGCUGGAGGUUACCCAGUAAGAGGGGGAAAUACUGGCUGGGGGCAGGCAGGGGGCUACCCUGGUGGAGGGAUGGGAGGAGGUUACAACCCAAACAAUAAGAUCCUCAGUCCCCGCUAUGGUUAUGGAGGUGGGCAUGGGGGUAUGGGAGGUGGCUCUCCCUUCUCACGCUCAGUUCAGAAUAUGGGGCACUACCCCUCUACUCAGUCCAAGGGCUUUGCUAAGAAGGCUCUUAUGGCAGGGGUUGGGGCCGUGGCAGGUAUGGCAGUAGGCUAUGGCCUUGGGCGUUUCCCUCGCCCACAUUUCAACUUCCGCAACCCUCAGGAGGAGCAGUCCUACAACAACUACAUGUACAGCAAAUACGGUGAACGCUCCACAGAUGAAAACGACUAUGGCCGGGACUAUACCUACAAAGUACCACCGCGGGCAGAGUCAUAUGACAGCUUCAUGUAUACCUGCAUGAAGAGGAACGACCUUCUGCAGGAUCAGGGCAGCGACUCCCAGGCCACACCUAGCAACCAGAGGAACAACCCCCAGGGAGCCAACAGCCAGAGCCUGCCUAUCACUCCUGAGGUGGGGAACAGCAGUCCAGCUAGCAACCAGGAGGGAACAGACACAGUGAAGCCUCUCAUCCCAGCCCCUGCGGAGAUAGCUGGAGAGGAUAAAGGUAAGGAGGAGGAUGACAGCCUCACAGUGAGCAUUGAGGAGAUUGGUUACCCUGCAUUGGUGGAGCAGCUGAAGAACCGUAAGUGUGUGAAGCUGUACAUGAACUACUCUGAGCGUUUCCUGGAGAAGCAGACAGCUGAACGUAGCAGCGGCAGCGGCAGCGGCAGCAACAACAACAACAACAACAACAAGUAUGAGAACAGUCGCAGUAACCCCCUCGGCCAGGGGCUGGUACAGCUCAUAACCACCUUCCUCAUGGUCCUGAGCAGCACUCUCCUGCUGCAGUAAGACAGGAACACAUAGCCAUGUCCCAGUUGUCUGGAAUAGCUUCAUUAUUCCUUUCCUAGUCACCCCUCCUCAAUAUUCCACUGAUUUCUUGUGAGGAUAGGUUAAUUAAAUAAGGUGUAGGUGGAGAUAUAACCAAUCCUUUAACUAAUCCGUGGUCAUGAAGGAAAGAAGCCAGUGGAAAAGAACUUCCAGCAAAAUGAGGACAAUUUCCUCCACAUUUUAUGGGGACAUUUGCGCUUUAAUAUUGUUUUACCGUUUCUCUAAUUGCCAAUCUCCUUUGUGUCUCUAACAUUUGCAACGAUCCCCUGUCAAUUUGGAUCACCUGCUGUAGUACUUCCACACUUUUUUUUCCAUUGCACUUUUUGUUGCAGAGUAGCUCCUGGUAGACUACUCUGUUGAGCUCUGUAUUUUGUUCUGUAAAACACUAUGGUUUGGUCAUGCCAAAUGCAUGAUGCUUUAAUAUCAGUGGUGGAAAAAGUACCCAAUUGUCAUACUUGAGUAAAAGUUAAGAUACCUUAAUAGAAAAUGACUCAAGUAAAAGUGAAAGUCGCCCAGUACAAUCCUACUUGAGUAAAAGUCUAAAAGUAUUUGGUUUUACAUCUACUUAAGUAUAAAUAGUCAAUGUAAUUACUAAAAUAUACUUAAGUAUCAAAAGUAUAAUUAAAAGUAUAAAUCAAUUCAAAUUCCUUAUAUUUAUCAAACCACACGGCACCAUUUAAAAAAAAUGUUUUUAUGUACCUAUAGCCAGGGGCACGCUCCAAAACUCAGACAUCAUUUACAAAUGAAGCAAGUGUUUAGUGAGUUGCCAGAUCAGAGGCAGUUGGGAUGACCAGGGAUGUUCCCUUGAUAAGUGUAUGAAUUAGACAAUUUUCCUGUCCUGCUAAGCACUCAAAAUGUAAUGAUAACUUUUGGGUGUAAGGGAAAAUGUAUGGAGUAAACAGUACAUCAUUUUCUUUAGGAAUGUAGUGAAUUAAAAGUAAAAGUUGUCAAAAAUAUAAAUAGUAAAGUACAGAUACCCAAAAAAAAGACUUAAGUAGUAUUUUCAAGUAUUUUUACUUAAGUACUUUACACCACUGUUUAAUAUUGUAUGUGUGUAUCUAUUACGAUAUAUUUAUGAAUGUAACACUAACACUACAAGUACAUAAAAUGCUUAAAAUGUUAUCCAGUUUUUACCUGUUAUGUGUUAUUAUGUCAUAGGACAUGAGGUAAGUGUCGUGGAAAAUCUGACCAGAAAGUAGAGACUGUAGAUUCUUUAAACAACCUUUUUUAUUAAGAUUUGCAAAAAUGAGACCGGUCAAACAUCACCCCAGUGGUGUAUGGUUGAGAGCUCAACAAAGAAUAGUUGUGUCUCAGUUUAUAUAAAGAAAAAGUAUAACCCCUCUUUGGGUGGUGUGACAAACAAACAGAACAAUAUUGUGAGGAAGUACUGGUUGGUGACAAAGGAUUAUGGAACUAAGAAACUGCGGUUGGUCUUUGGUGAGGUCUUGUCGAGAAAUGUUGCACAAUUUCUCAAUGCACAUUGUCUCGACACUGUUUCUAAAAGAAACCGAAACCAUUUGCCCUGCUCGUCUCUUACAGCUUAGUUCAGUCUACACCUCAAUAUGGAAUAACAGCAUUUUGUCCGUCAGUCACAUAGACAAAGAGGAAGUGUAAAAGCAGAGGGAGCAAGUCUCAUCAGUACAUCAUAUGACUUUAAUUAAAUGCAGAUACACUAGAUAAACAUUAUUACAGCAAUUUCUGCCACGAUAUAAGGUACUAUCAUCCAAUUAGGGGUUCUGUGUCUUUUUGCCAAAGUCACUCUAAAAAUGAGUGGUUCAACAAGGGUUCUUCUAAAAUCCUCAAAGUUCUUUGAAGAACCUUAAGGUUCUUGGCACUGAAAAUGCCCCCCAAAAGGCUCUUCUAAGAACCCCAUAGGAGGUGAGGUUCAUCGAGGAACCUCUUUAGUUGGUGGGGGUUCUUGCAGGAACCUAACUGCCCAACUGAAACGUUUGGAUUUGAAAGGGCAGCAGGUGCAGGCACUUAACUGAAAAAUGUUAAGGUUUGUCCCUUGUAUGAUCUAAAUUGAUAUUGCUUUAUGAUGAUACCAACUAUCUUUUCAUAUUUGUGAAAAUCUUUCUAAAUCAAAAUUCAAUGGAAAUCAAUCAACAAAGAGGUAAAAUUGUCACGCCCUGAUCUAGUUCACAUGUCUUUGUGAUUGUCUCCACCCCCCUCCAGGUGUCGCCCAUCUUCCCCAUUAUC